AUGUCCUCCCGCAAGCUCAAUGUGCUUGUGUACACAGGUACCGGCACCACCGCCGAGUGUGUGCGUCAUGCGCUCAUGACACUGCGCCGCCUGCUGCACCCGAAUUACGCCGUCACGCCCCUGACCGAGUCUGCUCUCCUCAAGGAGCCUUGGGCUCAGACCUGCGCACUUCUCGUGCUCCCUGGCGGAGGCGAUCUCGGCUACUGUCGCGUGCUCGACGGCGCUGGAAACCGCCGCAUCACUGACUUUGUGCGCCGAGGCGGACGUUUCCUGGGCUUCUGCGCCGGGGGCUAUUUUGGCUCUUCGCGAUGCGAGUUUGAGGUCGGCAGCAGCGAGAAGGGGAUGGAGGUCGUUGGGAGGCGAGAACUCGGGUUCUUCCCCGGAACGUGCAGAGGCGGUGCCUUUGCGGGGUUUCGGUACCACUCCGAAGACGGGGCACAGGCGGUUGAGAUCUCCGUCGAGGAAGGGGCCUUCACCGAAGUCAUGGGUGCGCCGAAGAGGACAAAGUCCUAUUACAAUGGUGGGGGUGUCUUUGUUGAUGCUGCCAAGCUCAAGGACAAGGGGGUCGAGGUGUUGGCGAGCUACACCGGUGAUGUUGACGUGAAUGGCGGCGACGGUCAGGCGGCUGUUGUGUAUUGCAAGGUUGGCGAUGGCGGCGUUGUCCUCACGGGACCGCAUCCCGAGUUUGCUGCCGCCAACCUCCAUCGCAUCCCCAGCAACCCACGAUACGAUCAGCUCAUAGAGACUCUCACACAGGACGACUUGCCGCGCUCAGCUUUCAUCAAGGCGUGCCUCCGGAAGCUUGGACUCGAAGUCAACGAUGAAGAUGCCGAUAUCCCGUCACUCACAGCCAUGCACCUGACCUCCGUCAACCACAAGGAGGUUGAGGAGCUGAUUCACGCUCUCGGUGAUGUUAUUACACUUGAAGGGAACGAGGAGUACAUCCGCGACGAGGCCGACACAUUCCAUAUCGAUCGGGAUGGCAAGUGGUCGAUGAAAACCCUCGCAGAGUCCCUUCCCAACCCGGACGAUCCCGCGAAGGGAAAACUCUCCGCCGAUGGACGAUACAUCGACUAUAGCGACGUCAUCAAGGAGAUCGUGCCACACGAGCGCGCCUGGCCCUCAGACGAGGUUACCCCUGCGUUCCAGCAUAGCUUCUACUACGGGUGCCUCAAGGCCUACCAGCAGAUUGAGGAACAUGCGUCUGAGUGGGGCAACACUCUAAUGUACGCAGAUGCUACGACGAGCACCAACACCAUCAUGGACAAGAACCCGAAACUUUUGUCAAAGCUACCCACUGGCUUCACCUUGACUGCCGCGACGCAAGUUGCAGCGCGCGGCCGUGGUUCCAACGUUUGGGUUUGUCCUGCCGGCACCCUCGUAUUCUCGACAGUGAUCAAUCACCCUGCGCACCUCCUCGGAUCCCGACCAAUUGUCUUUCUCCAGUACCUUACUGCUGUUGCCAUAGUCGAGGCCAUCAAAUCGUAUGACUUGGGUUACGACGAUGUACCUGUCAAGCUCAAAUGGCCCAAUGACAUAUACGCGCGCGAUCCUAAAUCCUCGGCUUCAAAUCCUUCCUAUGUCAAGAUUGGCGGAAUAUUGUCUACAUGCUCCUACACGGGCGGUGCGUACACUCUCGUGUUAGGCAUCGGCAUCAACGCGACGAAUGCUCGGCCCACUACAUCUCUCAAUGCUCUUCUUCCAUCGAAUCUUGCCCCUUUCCGGCUCGAGAAGCUCCUCGCGCGAGUUCUCACUCGGCUGGAAUCGUUGCACUCUCAUUGGAUCCGCAACGGAUUUGACUCGAACCUGGAGAACCGCUACUAUAAGCACUGGCUACACUCCGGGCAACUGGUGACGCUCGAGGAAGAGGGUGUCCGGGCCAAAGUGGUUGGCAUCACAAAGGAUUGGGGCAUGUUGAAAGCCGUCGAGGUUGAUGGGGUUACGGGACGGGAGACCGGGCGGACGUGGGCCUUGCAAAGCGACGAAAACAGCUUUGACUUCUGGAGGGGGCUUGUAAGGCGAAAGGUCUAG